CCAAAACUAUAUGAACACCUGAUAUCCAAGAUCUUAUACAAAACCGCGGGCAUUAAUAUGGCGUUGGCAAAGCCAUCGCUGCCGUAACAACCUCCAUUGUUCUGGGAGGGCUUUAUACUAGAUGUUGUGUAGAUGUAGAUUGACUGCACCCAUACGCUGAGCGACAUUGAUUCCAGAAAAUAAAGCACUAGGUCACAGUUAGAAAGAAACUGAGGCAGUGAGAAUGACUUCUUCAGCAGUCAGAGGAUGCUUCGGCAGAUGCUUCAAAAAAAUGUAAAUGCAAACGCUACAGCCAGGCCCUUCAUGGAAAUAAUGUGAAGUGCCUCUUUGUUUAAAUGCGUGUGGAUGGAUUUCUUGUUUGCAUCUCUUUUGAAAACACGAGCAUAUUAGUUUUUGGCUUCCGUAAAACUAGUAUUUCAUUUCCUCAUUCAGAAACUGUUCAGAUCUCCCUCUUCACCAUGCAGCAUCUCAACACCUCCAGCUCCAACUCCACCUUCUCCUGGAAUAUUGACCAAGUGGCCCCCAGUGUGGUCCUGGGGCUGUGCUGUCUGAUGGGCGUCCCUGGCAACAUUGCGGUCAUCGUGGUGAUAGUGCGCAGGUACAAGAGUGAGAAUUUCACCCUGAAGCUGAUGCUGAACCUGGCGGUCUCUGAUCUCUUGUCCCUCAUCACACUACCGAUGUGGAUCUAUGCCUUGCUAUACGGCUGGGUGUUUCAACGCUUGACCUGCAAGUUAAUAACUUAUUUUAUCUUCUGUAAUUUAUACUCAAACCUGCUGACAGUCACUGUGAUGAGCGUGCAGCGCUACCUGGCUGUGCUGUACCCUCAGUACUGGGCGAGGCUGCGUGGGAUGGGUGAGAGGGUUCUGCUGGUCACCCUGUGGGGGCUGUCAGGUGUUCUUGCCUCCCCCGUGUUCGUGGUGUGGGAUGUGGUCAAGGACGAUGGACAGUUAUUUUGCUAUAGGAAGUCCAACGGGGAGGCAGUGGCCGUUCUGCUCAUGGAGACUCUGCUGGGGUUUGUUGUCCCUUUCUCCAUCCUGGUCACCUCUUACUUCUGCCUCCACAAGAAAGUGAACCAGACCGUCUUCUUCAGCAGCCAGAGGAUGACCAGGCUUGUGACCAGCAUCGUGGUCACCUUCUUCAUCCUCUGGAGUCCCUUUCAUGUCAUCAACGUGCUGGAAAUAUCCUCGAUCAUGCUAAAAUCCAGAAGUCUGCUUAAAUUCUCUGAGGUUGCUCGAAACUUUACUGUAGCUCUCACCUUCAUCAACAACUGUGUGGACCCCUUCCUCUAUGCCUUCAGCUCACGAAAUCUCAAGAUUCCCAGUCAUCAGGAAACACCACAAAUGUCUCCACCAGGAAUGUCUUAAACAUCUGGCCAUCUUCCUAACGUCUCCACAGCUGAGGAACUCCAUUCUUACUGCUACAGUAAACUGUCUGUUGAACUGAAAUGUACAAUUGACAGUUCAAGCAUUUAUCAGAUGCAAAGUAACGUCAUGGAGCCAUGUCAGUUUUUGUACAUAGCCUUUUUAUCAUCUAGAUUGCUUCUUAAAUUUCUUUCUACGUGCUUAGCUUUUUAUAAAUUAGACCAGUCA